UAUAGCAUUGCAUCGCUGCAUGGGCUGGUGUAACCUUUCGUGAUUUGUAUAUUUACAUUCAAAAGCGAUAAUAUAAAAAUAUGAAUCAUUAAUAACAGUGCAAAAUGUUGAAAAUAAUUAAGUCAGGUCAAAAAACGUGCCAUAGAUUAACGAGGAGAACCGUGCAGAAACGAACUUUUCUAUCGGAAGCGUACCGGUGCGAGGAAGCAUGGAAAACCCGAUUCGAAACACCAUUAUUACAAAAAUGUAAACCGGAGGACUUGUUUUUAACCUUGAAUCAUAAAUUCAUGACUGCCGGGAAAGUUAGUGCAGUCGAUGUUGACAUAUUUGCGAAUACCAUACAGACGAAAGAUCACUUGGACGAAUUGUUGUUGGUACUUCAAAAUCUGCGGAAGAGUGCGGAGACAACAAAUACCUUGGACUCAACGCAUCAUGCAGUCAUAAGAUAUUUAUUGGAGAAUGAUUACACCACAGAACUUACGAACACACUACAUGACAGGCUUACUUAUGGAAUUUUUCCUGAUCAUUUGAGUUAUAAUAUACUUAUGGAUACAUAUAUCAAGCAAAAUGAUUACGCCAGUGCUGCGAAAGUUGGUGUUUUACCUAUGCUACAAGAAGACGUAGAGAAUCCAAUAACGAAUGCACUGUCUUUAUAUGCUUGUCACAAAUAUUUAGAGGAUCCUGAUACGUGGCAGAAGCCACCAGAGCCUAUAGAUGAUUCCAAAGAAGAAAUUAGGAUACGUGUAGCUUUUCUUAGAAAUCCUUUCUUUGACGAUCACUUUGAUCUCACAGAUCCACAAGAUUUAGUUGGGAAGACUUUAGCUUUUCAAGGAAAUGCUCUAGGCGGUGCAUUAGGAAGAUCCUGUCAGUUGAGAGGUUUAAUAUUAUAUAAAAAAUAUAAAGAUGCAUUGGAAUUAGUACAGCAAUGGUUGAAUGGACUUGAAGAAAAUAUUGUUUAUGAAGAAGUUCUUAAUUUGAUUGAGAAACAUAAUGAAAAUGUAACUGGAGAAGAGGCAACAAGUGAAUUUAAAGAUUUAAUGUCUCAAAUGGAUAUGCUAAAACAGAAGAGUUUAUGCAAAGAAAGUUUAACUGAAGCAUUAGAAAAUAAUGUUAAAUGUGCAGUUGAGAAGCAACAUGAUAUAGAUGUAAAUGAACAGAUACAGAAAUAUGCUGAAUGGGGAAAACAGAGAGAAAGAGUACUGAACAAACAAAUACAGGAAAUAAAUCGUCAAAAUAAAUUGGAAGAGAUAAACAAACUAAAGAAAUAUUUAGAAGAAAAAGAAAAGCUCUUAACAUUCUUCGAUAAUGAAGAGGAAAUAGAAUUAGAAAUCGAGAAGAAGGAAGCACAAGAGAAAGCGGAAAUGGAACGUAUUCUUAAAAUGCCUCGUGCUCUGACAAAGUUGAAGAGAUUGGAACAACAAGAAGAAUAUGUACCUCCUAGGAUUUAGAACCAGAGAAAAUAGUCUUUAAAAUAAUUAUAAUUGUAUUUAUAACAAAUAUAAUUAUAAUUAUAUUUAAUAAAUUGAGUUUGUAUCAAAGUUAAUUGUAGAGGGGUCAUAAUUGCUAGGAAAUAGCAAACAAUACAUGUUACAUAUUAUUUAUCUCUCGUAUUUUGUACAUAAUCGCUUAAAAGUAUUUUCUUAAACGUUCAUUAUCUAGAGUCAUAGUAGAUAACUCCAAAGCCACUUAGUUCUCAGUAAUAUGAAACUGUACAUAAUUAAAGUUUAUGCUAAAAAAUUAUUAGGCUCUGUAACAAAUGACGUUCCGUUUUGAGCGUUGAUAUUAAAUUAAUUUGUAUUAUAUACUUGACCCUUUUUUAAGCACAGUAAGCUGUAACUGGGGCCAAGGCACAAAUUUAGCAGUCACCCUUUAACGAACUUUGGAAGAUUGCUUCACGGGCAGCAAUAUAUCAAAUUCUGCAUAACUACAAAAGUUGGUCUUCAAGAUCAUUUUGCGAGGAAUGUCUCCUAUAAAUAAUACGAUCUCAUACAUACACAUUCCUGUAAAUCAGCAACAAAAUUAAUACAGUAUAAAAACACAUCGAUAUCUCGGAGCUUACCUUAGGAGCCAAUUAAUUUGAUCAGUGAGACUCAUUGGAUGCGAAUGAAGAGCUCUCGCAUUGAAGGAUAUCAACGAAGGUAGAACAGACGAUUCAUUUUGCACUUGUUCAGGCAUAGGCUGCAGAUAAUGUAUGUAAUAAUCUUGAUAUUCUGUGAUAAACAAGAUCCUCUUA